GUCCACAGUUUCAUGUUCUGGAAUCUUCUCUGAGAAAGAGACUUCGUUUCUUCUCCGGCUCAUUUUUUUUUUUUAAGCCAGGGAAACACCGUCCGAGUAAGACGUCUUCGUGGUGAACAGCUGCUCUGGAAUCUUUGUCUUCCAGCGAUGCUGCUGCAGCUGCUGUUGUGUUAUUUUAUGACGUCACAACUCGUCAUGGGUUACCGCAGUCCCCUGAAUGACUUCCAGCGCUCGGAGGGCCGAGAACUGGUGCCGACUUCCUGGAACUCGGCCCACGUUCUCAUGUUGUCGGUCCUCAACGUGGAGGAGUGCGCCGCGCAAUGCUUGCGCUCGCUGGACUGCAGAGCGUUCAACUACGAAACGCGGCCGACGGCCACGUGCAAACACCUGCGCUGGGUGAACGACGGCAGCAACGCCGAGGUGAAGCGCAACGUCAACUGCGACCUUUACGAGAAGAAAGUCUACGUGCGCAAGUGCAUCGUGGGUAAAGGAGAGGACUACCGGGGGAAGGUGUUCACCACGCGAAGCGGACUCACCUGCCAGCAGUGGUGGUCCAAGUUUCCUCACGAUCACAGGUGGACUCCCUCGCCCAGCAACGGCUUGGAGUUGAACUACUGCAGGAAUCCGGACGGGGAUCGCAUCGGGCCGUGGUGCUACACCACCGACCCGGAGCGGCGCUACGAGAGCUGCAACAUCCCUCAAUGCAAAGACGAGGUGUGCAUCACGUGUAACGGCGAGGACUACCGAGGGCAGGUGGACCACACCGCGAGCGGCAGGGAGUGCCAGCGCUGGGACCAGCAGUACCCUCACCAGCACAUCUACCAGCCUGAAAAGUACCCCGAUAAGAGUUUAGACGACAACUACUGUCGUAACCCCGACGCCUCGCCCGUGCCGUGGUGCUACACCAACGACCCCGACGUGGAGCGAGAGAACUGCGAGAUCAGCAAGUGCACUGAGGUGCGCGUGGAGAAGCGCCAGCGCUCCAGCCUCACCACCAACUGCUUCCGCGGCCGCGGUGAGGACUACCGCGGCAAAGUCAACGAGACCACGUCGGGCAUCCCCUGCCAGCGCUGGGACGCCCAAUAUCCUCACGAGCAUCCCUUCUUCCCCAACACGUACGAAUGCAAGGGCCUGGAGGAGAACUACUGCCGCAACCCGGACGGCUCCGAGGCCCCCUGGUGCUUCACGUCCGUGCCGGAGAUGAGGACGGCGCUCUGCCUGCAGAUCAAGCGCUGCGUGGACGACAUCGAUGCCGAGGAUUGCUACCACGAAAACGGGAGAAACUACCGAGGCAUGGUGCGCAAAACUCGCAAGGGCAUAACCUGCCAAAAGUGGAACGUCAACACGCCGCACCGCACCAAAAUAAACCCCCGGACCCAUCCAGAGGCCAACCUGACCGAGAACUACUGCCGCAACCCCGACGGGGACCAGCACGGUCCCUGGUGCUACACCAUCGAUCCCAAAACCGAGUUUGACUACUGCGCCAUCAAGCAGUGCGCUGGAGAAAAAGUUUCCCUCACACAAAUUGUGGAGAAGGUUGAGUUCAGCGAGUGCGGGAAAAGGGACGACCGCCUCCCGAGGAGCAGGUUGCGCAUCGUCAACGGCGUGCCGGGAAACUCGCCGUGGACGGUCAGCCUCAGAGACAGGAAAGGAAACCACUUUUGCGGAGGUACCCUGGUGGACGCCAGAUGGGUGAUCAGCACCAAGCAGUGCUUCUCCUCCUGCUACGUGGAUCUGCCCGGCUACUCGGCCAUGAUGGGCACGUUGUUCCGCGACCCGGAGGACGGCGAACCCGGAGUGCAGACCAUCCCUCUCACCAAGAUCGUCUGCGGACCUUCCGAGUCCCAACUGGUCAUGCUGCAGCUGGAGUCGCCGGCCCAGUUUAACGAGCGCGUCUCUCAGAUCUGUUUGCCGCCCGAACGCUACAUCGUGGCCGAGGGGACCGUCUGCGAGAUCGCCGGAUGGGGCGAGACCAAAGGCACCGGAGACGAGACCGUCCUCAACGUGGCCCACGUACCCGUGCUCAGCAACAAGGACUGCAACAAGUACUUCCGAGGCCGGGUUCGAGAGAACGAGAUGUGCACCAACUCCUUCCAGGGAGGGGUCGGAGCCUGCGAGAGAGACUACGGCGGGCCGCUGGCGUGUCAGAACCGCGACUGCUGGGUCCUGGAGGGCGUGAUCAUCCCCAUGCGGCGCUGCGGACACCCGGGCCAACCCAACAUCUUCAUCCGCGUGUCGGUCUACGUGGACUGGAUCAAGAAGGUCAUGGGAUUCGCUUAGGGAAACGCCGAAGGGCAAAAAAAAUAUUAUUAUUGUUUUCUGGCUUUUUUUUUUUUUUUUUUUUUUUUUUAUGACAUGAAAUAAUAAGAUACAGUGCUACCUUGACUUAUGAGUCGUGUAAUGAAGUCCGGAGCUCAGAUUUCUCGUAUAGCAACAAAGUUGUGGCGUAACUAAAUACAUGUAAGGAGGUUAUGUAAUUUAAUUGCCGUAAUUCCCGGCCUACAGAGCGCACCUGGUUACAAGUCUCACCAAGUACACUUGUAAAGGAAAUACCAUUUGGUACAUACAUACGCCGCAGCCACAAGUGCCCACAUUGAAACGCGAGAUAUUUACAAAGAUGUUACACAGAAAGAGUUUAACGCUAACGCUAGUGCUAAUGCUAGCGUCGCACUAAAGCUAGUGCUAAUACUACCGCCGCGCUAGCACUAACGCUAACAGGGUCGGUUAAAAUAAGACUUACCCGUAAAUAUCACUGAGAACCGGCAGUAACACAGCAGCAACACGCUAGCACAGCACUAAUGCUAGCGGAGCGCUAACUGGACCGGUAAAAGUCACUUCCUCGGUGCAUAUAUUCCACCGGUCUCAUUCUUACCUUUUCCGCUCAAGUGCCCCCUUGCAGCCGUUAGGAAAAAUGCACAAAUUAGCCGCAUCACCGCACAAACCGCAGGGUCGAACGCAUGUGGAAAAAAGUCGCGGCUUGUUGGCCGGAAAUUACGGUACAAAAUGUAUUAUAUAAUUGGGAACCAUUGAGAUGGAAUUUGUAAGGAAAUUACAGCUGCUUUUGGAAAUUUCCGUGAUUACAAUUUUAAUAAUAUUUGACAACAACAACAAAAAAACCUUGCUGCUGUAUAUGAUGUGAUAUUGCCUAAAUUGUACACAUUUGUCAUUAGGUCAACAUGGUAUCAUGUUUUCCACAUGCUGUACACAUACAGUGUCUAUAGAUAUGUGUGUAUGUAAAAUGCAACAAACACAUUUUAUGUAUUUACAGUACAUGAUGUUAUUAUUUGUAGAAAAAAAAAUACAUGGCCAAAAUAAUUAGUUCACCCUUUUUUUGGGGGAAGAAGAAGAAACAUCCAACGGUUCUCUCGACGCGUUCAUUCAAACUGUAAUUAACGGAAUUACUUUCAAAUAUUUACACUACUAUUACAUUUUUAAGAGAGUAACUUGGAAUUGUGCCCAACUACAUUUUUCAUUUUCCUGUGGACGUGAUAGUACCUUAUCUGAACCCCCCCCCCCCCCCCCCCGCCCACACCCGUUGAUAAUCUAACUUUGUUUGCAAUACAAAGAAGAAGAAAAACAUCGGGGCGCUCAUAAGUCAAGGCACCGCUGUACCGAGAUUACUUUUGAAACCAUUAAAAAAAAAAAAAAAAACAUUGAUGAGAAUUUGUAUUGUGACUGAGCAAGAUCGUCCGAGUUAUGACUCGCUUGAGAAAAAGUGCCGAAUUGACUCGACUUUCUUGAAAUCGUGCGGGGACGCCGGAGACUCGUUUGAAACUCGAAGGUUGAGACUGGAGAGUCGAGAUUUGACUCAGGACUUGCCAAAAGGGGGACUUUGCGGUGAAUCCGCUUCAACGGAAUAGCACUAGCAAUGCUAAGUUAGCAUUAGCACUGUCAAGAAGCCGGCGUAGGUAUAUUUGUCGUUGUAAUCGCGACUUAUUCAUACCGGAGCGUUACUGUUCGUUUAUUGAGGGGAAUGUGCAAUCAAUUACAAAUAAAAACGAGAUGAUGAAGCUACUUGUUGAGCCGAGCCGUUGCUAAUUCCGCAUGUCUUCCGAACGCCCGAGGUCCCUUCGCUCUUAUUUUGUUUUCCCCGUCCUGUGCCCGGUUGUUGGCCAACCAGGCGGGCGGACCGCUUUCCAAAGUUUGAGAUCCAACAGCAGCACUUUGGCAAAUUGUGAAUAAUUCAUCCAAAGAGGCUUGAAGCUGUUUGCCGCCACUCCCACUUGAGGUUUACCUGUCAAACUAAACAGAAAGACAAUUACAGCUCGUGUAUCGAAAUGAGACAAACGACGGCUUCAAGGGAAAUUCCGGUGGUUUGGAUUAACAAUCCAUCCGAUAGGUCACGUCAUGUUUACUGUAUCUUGAAUCCUCUCUCAUUUAAUGGUGUUUUGAGAAGAUUUUUAUCGACAGUUACCAAUUUUCAGAUGCGCCGCCAUUUUGGCGAGUCACGUGACCUACCUGCGCAGAUGCGACGUAUUACGUGCCGCACCAAAGGCUCGAUUACGAUGGGACACCAUUAUCGCCAGCGCUGAUUUCUCAGAUUUAUCCUCAUCUGAUGAAGAAAUAGCAGCAUCGGUUGAUCGGGAAGACGGAGGAACACGUCCAUCGAGAUUUGAACCUGUGGCUGUGAAUAUUGUUGAAUAUUUGAAUGGCUCUCCGGACGGGAAUGACGCCGAGUCUGACCCAAAUCAGCGCUGGCCAUAAACAUGUCACAUUCGGGCUCGUAGGUCAUGUGACUCCCCUGAAAAUUCGUAAUUGUUGAUAAAAAAAAACAAUCUGGAUUAACAUCGCAUUUUCAAGAUACACUGCAUUUUACAUGACCUAUUGGAUAAAUUGUUAAUCCAAACCACCGGAAGUUCCCUUUAAAGAACGGUUGUGCCAGCUUGAUGCUAACACUAAUUAGCAUUGGUGUUGCAGUGCUUGAACAUUUCAAACAAAGGAGUGAACACAAAUGGUUCGGCAACAACGUGUAGACAGACAGUGUAACAGUACGCACAGUCAUAAACUCGUUAUCCUCAUCAUAGAGUGGAUUAUAUUAGUGCUAUACAGGCUGAUGUAAUAUGAUUGGCUGCUGCACUUCCCUAGAACUCAGUUUUCUCUCAUAAAAAUUCCGUUUUUGAAGGGGAGGCUGGAACAGAUAAACGGCAUUUCCAUUCAUUUGAAUGGGAAGCUACGAUUUGGGAUGUGAACGUUUUUGAGUCACGAUCACAGUCACCCUAUCAUUUAAACUCGCAUCCUUAUUUGUCGGCUUUAUUUGAACUCUCGGCUCCGCGGCACCUUCUUUUCGACGACCCCCCCCCCCCCCGGAAAGAAAUCCCUCUUGAGUCGGUCUUUUGAUGGCGCCCCCCCAACCCCCCGACCUCUAAAGACACGCCUUUUGUGCCUAAUGCCC